AUGCUCUGGGAAGAGAACCUUAAGGAAGAAAGGAGAAAAUGCCUUAUCCAUUGGCCAUACACACCUGUGGAGGACAAGGAGGAACAGACUUCAACUUUGAUGGGAGGAACAAUGGAGCAACGCUGGAAAAAAUGUGGGUGUGGGUUGGAGGGUGGCAGAUCAAGUGCGUGAAGGCCUGGCUGACGGAUGGAAGGUCUGCACAGUACGGCAAUCCAUCGGGAUCUCAGAAAGAGUUUGUGUUCCAGCCUGGGGAGCUCUUUUCGUCCCUCUCGCUAUGGGGGAAUGGGGCUGGCACACGCAUGGGCGCCUUCAAGUUCAGGACAACCAAAGGCAGGGAUUUCUUCGUGAAGAUGACAGACUGGGGUCUAAAGACCGAGUAUCCAGUCGACAUCGGCUCUGGGAUCUGCCUUGGAAUUCAGGGCAAAGCCAGUUCAGACAUCGACUGCAUGGGCUUCGUGUUCAUCAAUUCGGUGAAACGUUCAGAAUUGAUCAACGUGACAUACCCUACACUGCACAAGGAGCUUCCAAAAGUCCAGAUGGAAGAGAUCAAAUCAAUCAGUUACAAGAAUAAGGGUUCUGUCCCCCAAACCUAUAAAAUUGAAUCCUCUAAGACCUUGACCAAAACCUCCUCCUGGUCGAUCUCAAACAAGCUGGAGGCAACCGUGAGCAUCAGUGUCAAAGCUGGCAUUCCAGAUGUCGUAGAGGUUGAAAGUGGCUUUAGUUUCACCGUUGGCACCGAGAGUACGCGCGGUGUGGAGAAUUCAGAAUCGAAAACCGAGCUCCUCUCAUUCGACGUCACGGUUCCUCCAGGCAAAACCACGGUGAUCGACAUAACCAUCGGUCGUGCAGAUAUCGAUCUCCCGUACAAGGGAACGGUGCGCAUGUCCUUAUUGAACGGCGCCACCUUCGACAUCCCAAUGGAGGGUGUCUACAAGGGCCUCGCCUACACCAAAGCGACUGCAGAAACAAAGGAAAAGUGACGCGGCAUUGCAAAAGCACGCACGUGCUGCGCUUUACCAGCUGCAUGCUGCAUGCAACGCUGCCUGUCUUUUAAAAAUUAUUUAUUGAAACCUGCGGUAUAAAAUAUGAUGCAAUACAUACGCCAUUUGAGAGAGUACAGUUCUUGCGAUUAAAGAACCUUUGAAUCGGUGCAAAAUAAUUAACGCAAAGAUGCAGUUAUUACAACGACUUCUUCUCGCACAUUCCAUACAUAAGCGAGUCUGUUCGCUCAGAAAUCACAAUGAAAUGAUCAUAAUCAUAAUGUUUAUUUAUCCUGGAGGAAUCCGAUGAUCUAUGAAUCGCUUUUUUACAGAUGUCCAGUAGGGGCGAAUCAGCAAGUUACAACAACAAACAAUACAAAACACGAUAGGGGUCCAAAGUAGAGCAAUGGUAAGCAAGUAGCUAAAACGUAAAUAAGUAAAUAACAAUAAAAAGUAUAUACGUACAAAUAGCAUAAGUAAAUUCCUGACGAUUUUUCAACACUAAAUGCAAACUUGGGCAAGGCAACAAAACGACGACAAAAACAGUUCCAGAUCAAACCAACACUGCAGAGCGUAUCUUCAUAAUAUUAGAAAUUACAAUCUAACUAUGGAUUCAAAGCUAAAAAUCACAUUUGCCAUUUGCUUAGGUGAAAAUGAGCUCCAACUAGCAAGAGCAAAUGAACGUAACCUUCCAGCAGUAGUCUGGGCAAUGUAACAAGACAACACAAACUGGCAUAGGCAAUGCUGAUCGGCAGAGUACAAAUCUGGAGAGGUUUGAGGCAUAAAAGUACAAGCUGGAUGACCAAUCUUGAUUUGAAGCUCUCGUGACCGAAAAAACCAAAGAGGCUGGAUGAACGAUAUAAAGAACUGGAAGGGGGAAAAGAGGUGGAAGCUUUAUGGGCAGCAGAAAUGAGAAGGUGGAGAGUAAAAACCUACACAGAGCAAAUUAUUCACGGCAAAACAAUACAAAUAUAUCUUGACAUUACAGAUUCUGCAUGCUGGCACGUACAGAAAAAUCGAUUAACUUAACCAAUAUGUCUUCCUAAAUUGUAGAGAGACGACAUCCACGUUUGAAUGAUACCAAACUAAACAGUGACAGAAAGAUAAAGAUGCCCCAUACAAUCAACCAAUCAUCAUUUGUGUUGGGACAGCUAUUUUCAGAAACGCUCAUAUAUUUAUUUUCCAUUUCGCACUGCAUGUAAAAUACAAAUUAUGACAACUGGCCUCGAAUUAGCAACAGUUUCUCCAAAGUUGACAUCCACAAAUUCAGUAUCAUCACCACCACCAUCUGGAUUUUGUAUUUUGAUUACAAUUGCAUGCUCUUUUAAUCAUAGUAAAUUGCAUGCAAAUAGUCAUUUGAAUGUUAUGCAAUGCUUUGGGAUGGAUAUGCAAAAUAAAAUAUCUUCAAAAAUA